UGCUUCUGACGGGAGUAAAAUUGAACUAAACAUCGCCCUGGACGGACCGCAUAUGAGCACAUGAUAGGUGAGGCAGUGCAGAGAAAUAAUGAUGAGGGGAAAUAGCCCUUUUGCAAAUGACACCGGCAGCUUUAGUGAAUCCCUUCAGUCAAGCAGCUACUCUGCUCUGGACGAUGUGUCUUCCCAGGCAUCCAAUCUGUCCAGGCCCAGUGCAAAGGCAGUCUACAUGCAAAGGAAGGAGUAUGCUGCUUCAAUAAACAAGAUGUUGGACAAAUUUCAGUACAGAGUGGAGCAUUUGUUUACCUGUGAUCUGGAUGGAAAGGAGCUGAGGGGCAUAUCAGACUGUGUGGAGAGGCUGAGACUGUUGGAUGGUAUGGGGCAAGUGUGGGGACAGAAUAUGGUCCUUGGUCUGAAGGGGGCAGCCCUGCUCCUCACCGACACAGAAACAAAGGAGGAGCUGGAGUCCAUAGCCCUCAGUAAUGUGGUAGAGAUCCAGUCUGUUAUGGAGUCUGGAAUCUUUAACUCUCUGCUCAUAGUCUCAGUGCAGAGCCAGACCAAACCAAAAACCAGCGUCUUCCUGUUCCAGUGUGAUGACAUCAGGGCAGACUUGGUUGAGAAACAUCUCUCUCAAGCACUUUCUCGUAGAGAUGAGAUUUCAAGUAUCAGCAGUGGCAGUGUAGCGUCUUCACCACCACCACGAGAAGAGCCGCUCCUGUUGUGGACUGCCCCUGAUUAUGAAGAUGACACCACUGCAUCUGAAGUGACCCUACAGGAGGAAGAGGAUGCUUUCCCCUCCCGAGAGCAGACCCCUGUCCCACAGCUGACCACAACAGAAGAGGAGAGCCGCGCCUCUCCCCAAAUCUACACAGAACUGGAUAGAAAUGUGGACAUUUUAAAUCAUAUUUUAGGUGAUCUCGAAAUUUUCAUGGGGAAAAUAUCUGCAGUUUUAGCCAAAAAUGGAAAAAAGAAGAAGAAAAAGAAGAAAGUUAUCAACGGUAUGCCCUCUGCAGAGGAGUUUGCAGUAUGUCUACGCAAAAUCAAAUCGGGUUUUAACUUGCUGGGAGAGCUGAAUGGAAGGAUCAAUAACCCAAGUGCUGCAGACUUUGUUCACUCCUUAUUUGCUACCUUGGCAUAUGUGGGGGCUCACUGUCCCGAAGGCCUGCCCCCCUCUAUACUGGUGCCAGUGUUGACCCUUGACAGUGUGCAGCUCAUGAGGGAAGAGGUGACAGACGAAGAGGAAAUACUAUGGCAAAGUCUGGGAGAGGCCUGGAGCACCACCAGUACACAAUGGGCUGAAACCGAGGAGGAUAUACCCACUUAUAACCUGGAGUUUUUCGAUGGCUGGCAGCCUCCUGAAGUGAACGCAGUGUCGGACCGUCGUGAUUCUAUGGAGAGACAACCAAUUCAGACUCCUACUAAAACAACACCAAAAUGGAGACCCCCAAAGCAAUAUACAAAACGCUCAGGAGAACCUGAAUACAUGGUGGUUAUGUAUGACUUCACCUCAAGAAAUCACAGAGAGCUCUCCAUCGCCAAAGGAGACACGGUGGAGCUGCUGGACAAGUCUAGACAAUGGUGGAAAGUGAGGAAUGCUCAGGGAGUGGAGGGUUAUGUGCCCAAUAAUGUCCUGCACUUUUUGGAUCAGCAACUUGAUGAAGAGGUCAUCAAUAUUUGUAUAGUCAAAUUAAAGAACAUAGAGGGUCCACCAGUCCUCACAAAGAGAUCAAAACCUGCUGAAGUGAAGGCCUGGCUUGAAGACAAGGGCUUUACCAAAAUUACUGUGCGUUGUCUGGGGGUCCUGAGUGGUUCAAUGCUUUUGGGGAUGACCAGAGAAGAGCUGAAGACCCUCUGUCCCGAGGAAGGAGGCAGAGUCUUUUACCAGCUACAGGGUGUCAAGGCUGCUUUGGCUGCUGGAAAUUAGACACCAUCAACACUGCAGAGAAGAAACACCCUUUAACUGCUCAUCAAUUAUAUAGUAAUAAUAUUGAGACUUAAGAUAAACAUACACAUUUUAACUUAUGCAUUCUGUAUUUAAC